GCGUGUGCUGACUUCCUUGGGCCGCUGUUUGCCAAGGCUUUUCGUGGGCACUUUCGGGAGGGUGAGAUGGGGCUCAUCCAUGGCGACCUCAUCGACGCCAGCAUGGUCAUGUUGCCCAAGGCGGGCAAACCGGCACAUCUCCUUGCCAAUCUCCGCCCAAUAGGUCUGAUGGCACCACCCUCCAAAUCACUUGCUGGGGUUCUCCGUGGCAGGAUGAUGGAGUGGCAGCUCCCUCGCAUAAAGCUGCGCCCUCAAUUUGCUUAUGUGCCCCAUCGCGGCACAUUUGACGCGCUGCUCCGUGUACAUAAGCACAUAGCUGACGCGGUUGCUCUGUUCAAAUCAAAUAGGAUUUCGCGCUUCGGGCAGCACGGAGGACGCAAGCCUCUUCCUUUUGCCGGAGCCCUGAGUCUCUCCUUGGACCUCAGUCGGGCCUUCGAUUUGACAGACCGUCAGCUGCUGUUUCAGGCCCUACCGAACUACGACAUCCCACCUGCAGUAGUGGAGGUGGCACGACGACUCCACUUUGGAGCCAAGUUCAUUUAUCACGCAGGCGACCACGAGGCCAGCUUUACUUCAACCAACGGAUUGAAGCAAGGCUGUAAGGUAGCUCCUUGUUUAUGGGUAUGGUACACAAUAGCGCUAAUGGAUUCGCUAGCCCUUCAGCUGUCCGACGCUUGGGUCACCGAAAUCUUGACGCUAUUUGCCGAUGAUUGUUGGGCCAACUGGCUCCUGUACUCUCGUGCCGACCUCAAUCGGGCGUUGGACGAACUUAAGGUGUUGCUUUGUACCCUUGAGUCCUUUCGCAUGCAGAUCAACUACUCUAAAACGGCCAUACUGCUGAAGUUUGUCGGUAAGCAGGCGAGACAAGCCCUCCAUGACAUUACCCGCAUGAAGAAUGGAGUUCUGCACUUGAGCCUGGAUGUCAAUGGAGUUGAAAGGCUAAUCCCUAUUAAAGAGGAGCACGAGCGCGGUAUCAUGCCAUCCAACGGGCCCUUACUGGCCGACAUGCUAUUCAGCAGGCGCACCGAUUGGUUGCAGAAGCUGGAAACUCGGGUCUUGAAGUCCCAGAUCACACCUCCCGGACAGUGCGUGCUCAACGCCAUGAUAUCUGCGCGCGGCAAGCUGGAGGUCUCCUUUGCUUGCCCGCACUGCUCCCACCAGCUCUCCUCUGAGCAUGCCCUAAGAAUCCACAUAGGAAGUUCUCCAACUGGCAAUACCUUCGCCAUCACAUCGAAUCAGGGGCCUGUCGAUCUUCGCGCCACUCCUGAGCCGCAAGCUGCCCCGCCGACGGCGGAUGAUAAGCCCGAGCUGCAAAAUCAGCCGCUGGUUGCCAGACCCUUCUUCCUGCAGUCUUGGCACCGCUGGGUCGUCAUUCGGAGCAGUGCCCGGUCUUGUACCAGUUGGCCCUUGCCGCCACAUUCUGUCAGCAGCAGGCCUCAACAGGAGACCAUGACUGUCGACAACAGCCAGGGCCUCAAUCCCGAGGCGGACAUCUUCAGGCACUGCAUGGUGGGGCAGCAGGACCAGGACCGGGUCGAGUCGGGGCAGAAACGUCCGCGGCCGAAUCCCAAACCGCAGCUACCGCCGCAGCGCGGCUACCGUCGCUUUCCCAACCGGGGCCAGUCAGAGGAGUCGGAGCUGGUCCAGGCGUUGGCUCGUCUAGCUUUGCGCCAGGAAACUCAGUUGGCGGAGCUUCGCAUGGACAAAGGCCUGGUGAUGUUCUUCCGCCAGGAUCAGAUCAGCAUCUUGCCGGGUCUCUACGCGGUCUCCAAGGAGUACAACGCGAUGGUGGCCGAGGGCUCUUCGGAAAUCACUACGCCGUUGAGGACGCUCUUGCUGGCCUGUCUGAUGCGGCAGUUCAGGGAGCGAGUGGUUCACAUGAUGUCAAGCAUGGAAGGCGUGAGCAAGCUUCAGGCGGCAGGCUGGCUUACGGCGGACCAGGUUUGGACCCGCCAAAAGUGGUGCCGACAGACCAAGAAGCUGGUGUUGGAUCAAAAGGCAGAGGGGAUGAAGCAUGCCGACCUCCUCUCAUCCAUCGACUUCUUGCUCACCAAUCUUCGGGGAGAUAUAAUCCACCAGUUUCACUCGACAACGAAGCUGAAGACUUUGGAAAGCGAGGGGGCCCAGAUCGCGACCUUCCUGAUGUCCAUCAGCCUCAGAGGCCCGCGAGCCUACGAAGUGCACCUGCACUUCCUCAACUUGAUUGGGAUUUCAGCUCUCCAGCUCAUCGGCCUCUCCUUGAAGCGGGAGUCCCUUCAGCGGUCCCCAGCGGCGAAACAGUUGGAGGCCCUGUUGUACAAGCGGUGA